AUGGCAGCACAACCAAACCAGACUCCUGCUGCCAGGCGCUCGCGCCCCCCGGUGUCUGUGAGGAGGGACGGCCCGGCGCUCUUCAUCAUCUACCUGCUGCUGGCCGUGGCUCUGCUGGGGGUCUUCAUCGAGGCUGGCUUCAUCUGGCAUCUGUACAGCAGGUCCACGCCAACAUCAGAUGUCCAGAUACUAGAAUAUAGUAAAGGAGAGAAGUCCUCGUUUCCCAGAAGCUCUCAUGAUUUUAAUGAGGUCUCGCCUGCAAAGCCUCCCAAAGCUGAGAGCAAACCUGCAGCAUUUCUGCAAAUCGCCUCGCCCGUGUCCGGUGGGAACGGCGUCCUGCACUGGAGGGCCGACAGCUUCCCCGUCUUCAUGAGGGGUCUGCAGUACAAGAACAACAGCCUGUACGUCCAGCAGGACGGCUACUAUUACAUCUUCUCCAAGAUCUCUCACAUGGAGAACUGCAGCUUCUUCAAGCACCAGGUGAUGCAGUGGACAGAGAGGUACAGCUCCAAGGCCAUCGAGCUGAUGCAGAGCUCCAGGUUCAUCUGCGUGCCCAGUAAAUCCCAGUGGAGGGGCAACAGCUACCUGGGAGGCGUCUUCCAGCUGUUUGAAGGAGACAGUGUGUUCGUGAAGGUCAAUAACAGCUCGCUGGUGUAUGGAGAAGUCUACGAGAACUUCUUUGGGGCCUUCAUGGUCUAAUUACUGACAUACUGCUGUGAGAAAAUCACACACGGGUUCUCAUUCCAGUUUAUAGAGUAUAUGUUACAUGUUUGAUCAAUCUUUGCAAUAUUAGAAUUGUGCUUUUUUUAUUUUUUUGACUUCUCAGGUGAAUAAAAUAUAUUUGAAUUCUGACCGACAGAUCAAAUGCUAUUUCUCCUUUAAUCAUGUAAUCAUGUUUUAUUUUUAUUCUUACUCUUAUUUAAGAAAACAUGUUUCAGACAAUUUUUGUUAUCCAUAUUUUAUCUAUUAUAAGAUGAAUAUAUAUGUAUGAUUAUAAACCAUAGGCUCUCCAGUGUAUAAUACAUAAUAACACUUCCUCCGGUGAAAAAGUGCUUCUCCUGUUUUCUCUCAACAUCAACAUCCAGACACGUAUUAGUUUAGAUCUGUUUAAACGCUGCUGGAUCUGUGCAGAUUUCUCUCCUGAUUCAGACCAGAACAGUUUUGGCAGAAGUGUUAUUAUGAAUUACGGACUCAUAUUUUCAUAUUUGGAUGUGUUUCAUCUUUUGUCUUCUCCAGAUGUGAACUGAUGGACUGGAGUGCUGUUGAUGAUUGUGAUGUUUUUAUCAGCUGUUUGGUUCUCAUUCACUGUAAUGUUAAGUUUAAAUGUAUGGCUGAACUCCUCCUUUAAGUGCGUUCAACGUGCACUUGAAUCGAUCAAACGUUCAGCUGUGCGUUCAGCUUCUGGCGAGGAGUGGGGGUGUGACAUUAUUUGUUGUUAUUUAUAAAAGUGCAUACUGUAAUGUCAUAUUGAUUAAAUGUAAAUCAUAAUAAUAAAAUAUUGCAUUGUCAGA